GGAAUCCUGAUAUGAAUGACGCUUUAAAGAGAUAAGCCGAGCAGAUGCAGGAAUACACAGAAGGAUGUAUAUAUUUUGAUGUCAAGUACCCUUCAACUACUCUUAUAGAUAUCCGGCGCUUUAAUAAUUCAUGAUUUGCGUUUCAUCAGACUCUCUUCGCCUGUUUCGUAAUUUCAUUCAGCCCCGUAAAUGUUUCCUCAUCUCUCCGUGCCAUAUUCAUACUUAUACUCUUCCUCCUAUUUUGGCCCAUCCUCGACCGUAUCACUUCAAUUUUUAUCCCUUACAGUUUGUUCCGCACAACCUUAUAUUGCUUGUUUGCAACUCUAUUUAAUCUUUUAUUGCUGUCUAAUAUACAUAUCACCCGCUUAGCGACUGAAGGCGAUGUCGUCGAUUCUCAAG